GGGGGAGGGGUGGCCCUCCGGGCGCCCCGGAGUUGGGGUGUGCAGGGUGCGCAGUGAGAGCGAGGGCCGGAACCGCCGCGCCGUCGGGGCAGGGCGGAGAGCGUGCCUCCUGCGGUCUGUGGGGCAAGAAGGACAAGGCCGGGCGGAAGGGAGUUGCUGAGCCGCUACUCUGCUCCAUGUUGGCUAUGUUCUCAGGCUGGCACCAUGCCACCCCCUGCAGAGGUGACGGACCCGUCCCAUGCCCCAGCUGUCCUGCGUCAGCUCAAUGAGCAGCGGCUCCGUGGCCUCUUCUGCGACGUCACGCUCAUCGCGGGAGACACCAAGUUCCCCGCGCACCGCAGUGUCCUGGCUGCCUCCAGCCCCUUCUUUAGAGAGGCCCUGCUAGCUUCUGCCCCGCUGCCCCUCCCGCCGGCCCCCGGAGGCUCGGCUCCCAGCCCUGCCACCACCGCGGCCUCCUCCCCGCCUCCAGCCUCGCCUCACUCCUCAUCCCCUCCCCGGGUCCUGGAGCUGCCCGGGGUCCCCGCGGCUGCCUUCUCCGAUGUCCUCAACUUCAUCUACAGCGCCCGGCUUGCUCUCCCCGGGGGUGGCGGCAAUGGGGCGGCUGUGGCGGAGAUUGGGGCCCUGGGGCGCCGCCUGGGUAUCUCCCGCCUGCAGGGCCUGGGGGAGGGAGGUGAUGCCUGGCUGCCGCCUGCCCCGGCGCCCGUGGCCGCCUCUCGGCCCGGGGAGGACGGUCUGGGGCCUAGGCCGGACGGCGAGUGGGAGGGCGACAAGGCUGAGGCCCAGGCUGCCGACCCUCAGCCCUCCCUGCCCCGGCGGCCCUGCCCCUGCCCCCGGUGCGGGAAGAGCUUCAUCCACCCCAAGCGCCUGCAGACCCACGAGGCCCAGUGCCGCCGGGGGGCCAGCGCCCGGGGGUCGGCGGGGCCGGGCGCCGGGGGGCCCGCGGGAGCGGAGGCCUCGGCCCUGCCGCCGCCGGCGGGCUUCAGGGACGGCCCUGAGCACGUGGUGAAGGUGGUGGGCGGCCACGUGCUCUACGUGUGCGCGGCCUGCGAGCGCUCCUACGUGACCCUGUCCAGCCUGAAGCGCCACAGCAACGUGCACUCCUGGCGCAGGAAGUACCCCUGCCGCUACUGCGAGAAGGUGUUCGCGCUGGCCGAGUACCGCACCAAGCACGAGGUGUGGCACACGGGGGAGCGCAGGUAUCAGUGCAUCUUCUGCUGGGAAACCUUUGUCACCUAUUAUAACCUGAAGACCCACCAGCGAGCCUUCCACGGUAUCAGCCCCGGCCUCCUAGCCAGCGAGAAGACACCCAAUGGAGGCUACAAGCCCAAGCUUAACACCCUCAAGCUGUACCGCCUGCUCCCCAUGCGGGCAGCCAAGAGGCCCUACAAGACCUACAGUCAGGGAGGCCCCGAGGUCCCCCGUUCCCCAGGCCUCCACACACUGGCCCCUGCAGCAAUGGCAACCAGCCCCCCACCCCUCCCGCGCCCUGCCCCGGAGCCUGGGCCUCCUGCCUCCGUCAUCAGCUUUGCCCACCCAGCUCCCUCGGUCAUUGUCCACGGGAGCAGUGGCAGUGGCGGAGCCGGGGGUGGACCAGCCGGCACAGGAGGCUCCCAAGCUGCCUCAGUCAUCACUUACACGACUCCCCCACGGCCCCCCAAGAAACGCGAGUACCCACCUCCGCCCCCUGAGCCCGCAGCAACACCCAGCAGCUCGGCUUCCGCCAUCGCCGGCUGCCCCGCCACAGCCACCGAGGAGGCCAAGGGCCGGAGUCUGCGGGCCGGGAGGACUCUCACCUACACAGCCAAACCCGUGGGCGUGGGUGGGAGCGGGGGCUCCCCCACAGGGACCGGCCGAGGCUCCGCUCAGCUUCAGGCUCCACCUCCGCUGUGUCAGAUCACUGUGCGAAUUGGGGAGGAGGCCAUUGUCAAGCGCCGCAUCUCAGAAACUGACCUGCGUCCUGGAGAGCUGAGUGGAGAGGAAGGAGAGGAGAGCGAGGAAGAGGAGGAGGCGGAGGAGGAGGACCCGGAGGAAUCGAAGGCCGGAGGGGAAGAUCAGCUCUGGAGACCCUACUAUUCAUACAAGCCUAAGCGGAAGGCUGGAGCCGCGGCCAGCGGGGUCAGCGGGGUCAGCGGACUGCCCCGAGGACGAAGGCCUCCACGCUGGAGGCAGAAGCUGGACCGAAGGGGCUGGGAGGAGGGCCCAGCAGCGGAGGGCCCGGCAGGACGGGGGCGUGCUGAGCGGAGGCACCGGUGUGACGACGCCCAGGCCUUUGCCACCCUGAGGAAGCUGAGAAAGCACCAGGAAGGCCACGGCGGGAGCGCGCACAACCCCAGGACUGGGAGGAGGGCUUCCGCCCGCUUCGCCUGCCCCCACUGUGCCAAGGUGUGCAAGACAGCAGCUGCCCUCAACCGACACGGGCAGAGGCAUGCUGUGGAGAGGCCCGGGGGCACUCCCACGCCCGUCAUCGCCUACUCCAAAGGCGGCAUUGGCCCCAGGCCCAGUGACGUGAAGGAGGAGGCCCCCCAAGAGAUGCAGGUGUCCUCAUCCAGCGGGGAGGCGGGAGGCGGCGGCGCGGCCGAGGCCUCUGAGGCGGCCUCACUGCAGGACCCCGUCAUCUCUGGGGGCGAGGAGCCCCCAGGAGCAGGUGGGGGCUGCUAUGGGUACCCCCCCGUGCAGGAGUUUCCCUUGGCCCUGAUAGGAGGCAGCCGGGAGCCCGGUGGUGGCCGAGGGAAGCCUGGGAAUGAGGGGCCGGUGGGCGCUUCCGAGGGAGACCGGAGGGAGGGUCUGGGGACUGCUAAAGUCACCUUCUACCCGGAGCCCUACCCGCUCGUGUACGGCCCCCAGCUCCUCGCCGCCUACCCCUACAACUUCGGCAACUUGGCUGCUCUGCCAGUUGCUCUCAACAUGGUCCUACCGGAUGAGAAGGGUGGCGGGGCCCUGCCCUUCCUCCCCGGGGUCUUUGGCUACGCAGUGAAUCCUCAAGCAGCACCUCCCACUCCACCAACCCCACCUCCCCCGACCCUUCCUCUGCUGGUUCCCCCGAAGGGGGUGGGGGAAACGGCGGGGAUUGAGAGAACCCAAACAGGCGAUGUGGGGUGAGCGCUAAGGCCAGGCCCCCCCUUCAGCAGACGCCACCCUCCCCGGCCCCCACCACCAUCAGCUCCCUGGCCUCUCUGCCCCUCGGGAACCCCAUCACAUUCUUGUGCAGGGAUUUGGGGGCCCCUGGAGCUCAGGAGUCAGGCUGCUUUGUGUGAUUGUAGUUCCCCCGUCCCCCUGAGAAGGGCGUUCUCGGUGGUCCCCCUCUCAGUCUUCUCCAGGGAACGGCCCCUGUGAGGGGAAGAGCCAGCUCCCAUCCCUUCUCCAGCCCUUGGGGCAACUGAGCAAUAUACCUAUCUGAAUCUCUACUUACAGCCCCACCAGCUCUGAAUGUCUAACCCGCUCCCCUGAUCUAAGCCUAGGGGGAACCUCUCUAACCUAAUGACGCCUGCUGUUCUGACGCUUCCUCUAAGCCCUUCCCAGAUGCUUCCCAGCACAUUCCAUUCUUUGUGGCCCAGGGCCUGGACCAGACCAUUGUGAUAAUCUGACCCACCAGCCUGGAAGCAUGGCUUUGGAUUCCGUUCUUCCCAAGGGUGGGUUUCUCUGUCCUUGUUUUCUUCCUGUUACGAUGCCGUGCUUUCCUUGGCUUCCAUGCCUUUGGAUCUUCCAUCUUCCUUCCUGUGCUCCUAGACUCUGGAGAUGGCCUAACCCACUCCAGGUCAAAAGGAGUUGGGAGGUGUCCUACAGCUGAGCACUUCUUCAGUACAGGGCAGGGAAAUCUUGGGCCCUACCUUUACCCUCAAAUCCAGUGACUCCAGAUUCUUCCAAGACAAAAGAGGUGAAUAGAUCCUAUCUCUUCCAGCCUUUAUAUGUGGCUUCAUUGGAGCUAAACCAACUUUGAGCACCAGGUAUGAAGCAGUCCAUAGAGUAGAGAAUCUACUUUCUCCCUGCCAACUCCUCAUUAUGGUUUCUCCUAGAUUAGACCAAAUAGCCAGAAAAUUGAUGGGGGUUUGAUGUGUGGGUUAGCCCCAGAUUUGCACAGAGCCUUCCAUCCUUACCUUUGCCCUGUGUCCUCUGUUGUCACUGUCCUCAGCAAUCACUCCAGAUGGUUUUGAGGGAACCAUCCUCCUCUUCUGGUGGGCUUUGGGGUAUCCCCACCAACUUUUGCCUCCAAAAUAGCACCUUAUACCCCAUCUUUGACUCAGUUCCCCACACCCAAAGAUCCCAGCCUCGGGAUGGGGUGCAGGGAUUUUAAGUAGUCCCUAACCCCUGAUUUGCACUAGUUAACCCUGGUCAGGGGUCCUGUGUUUCCUUCCAGUGGGGAAGAUGAGGAAAUGUUUCUUCCUAAUUCUCUUUGAAAAUAGGGCCUCCCAGAUGUGUGAUUGAUGGGUAUUUUCCAUACUACCCACCUCCCUUCUCCCACCAAAAAAAAAAAAAGCUCACAAGGGGAGAGCCAGUUUGGGGGAGCAAAUCUGAUGUGGGAAUUAGAGGAGUAUAACUUUAAAAAGGAGAAAGACUGUUUUAAUCAAAUGACAGUCUUUCUCUCAGCUACUGUUUUCUGGGGCCAAGAUGGCUGCCCUCUGAGUAGCUGUGGAGAGGGCAAGAUCAUGGCUUUUGGAGGGAGGUGAGCUUGGGAAGGCCAGGAGCGUCUUCCUGCCCCCUCCUAGCCUCCUGGUAUAAGGAGGGGGAGGUUUUUGACAGGCUUCCUGAAUGUUAACCACGGAGGGGUCACUCUAGUCCUCCUCUGUCUCUUUGCACUUUUCUUGGUCUUGGCCACAGCCUGAGUGAAGAAUUUCCUACUGAAUGUACCAAGUUCCAGUUUUUAAGGGGUAAAAAGUUUCAAACAGGAAAAAAUGAAAAAAAAAAAAAAAAGAUAAAAAGAAAAAAAAAUCACUAAAAAUUCCCAUAAAUCUUGUUUCUGGCACUUUAGAAAAACUGCAAAAAAAUACAUAAUAAAGAAUACAUAUAUAUAUAUACACACAAAUUAUAUAUAUAUAUAUAUAUAUAUAAUAUAUCUAUAUAUACAGUGGAACCACAGGAGAGACUGAGGAAGGCCUGAGGGCAGUGGCAGAUACGACUGCAGUCCCUCCCAUUCACCUGCACUUCUCUGAGGAAGGCAGGAGAGGAGAAGGGCUGAAAAUGGACCCGGGGAUUUGAAUUUCAGAAAAGAUAAAAAUUCCAGAAAUAUGGAAUGUUUGAGAUUAUAAGUGGUUUUUUUUUUUUGUUGUUGUUUGUUUUGUUUUGCUUUAAUAUGGGUAAGGAGAAUAGCUUCUAGAAUUUGGCAACAAAGUUGUGGCAAAGCAGAAACUUAAAAAUAUGUAUUUGAGCUGGAAGGCUUCAAUAUUGUGAGUUUCAGGUGUUGGGAAUUUGGGGUUUUGCAAUUUUGUCGUUUGGAGAUGAUCAAGUCUUGUCAAUCUGUGCCCUCUUACCCCGUGUCCCUGGGAAGAAGGGAUAGAGUGGAAGGCUGCUGCUUCCGUGCCACAGCAAGACUUAGGCCUCUGCAGACUCUAGCUCCACGUAGCGAGAACCCAGACUUAGAGAAACUGACCAAUAUUUAGCUCCAGAUUUGUGUGUGUUCCCAAUCUCUAGGCCAAUAAACCAACGAGACAAACGGACUCUGCUCACAGUGGGAUGCCAGGUGCGGUUAUUUGUGUGGCUGGUGGGUUGGGGGCACUGUCCUUCCCAAGAUCUGAGGCUCCAGCAUUUCACUGUGGCUGCCUGGCUGCAGCUCCCUUUGACCUCCAGGUGGAGGCGUGAACUCUGUCACUGGCUCUGUCCAGGGAGGGCUUGCCCAGAAUGCGGGAGACCCUGGGUUUGGUUCUCAGCCCAACACGAUGGCACACACCUCUAAUGAAAGCACGUAGGAGGUGAAGGCUAGAGGGUCAGAAAUUCAGGGUCAUCCUCAGCUACACAGAGUUCCAGGUUAGCUUGGGCUUCACAAGGCCCCUUCCUCAAAAAUGCAGUACCUCCCCCCAACACUUUUAGAUACAUCCUCAGUGAGUACAAUUCAAGAUUUCUGUGUCCCAGAAUAACCUUUGCCUUAAACCAACUCCAAGUUUGAAGGUACACUGGGGCAGAAAUGUUGUCAUGGCCAUAAUAGCUCUCCUUCCACUCCUGUCUCCUCAUCGCCUUCAUCUUGCCUGCUGGGCAGCCUCUCAUGUUAUGGAGAAAUAGCUGGGAACAUGAGUGAGGCUGGUCAGGCAGAUGGCAGCUUGUCUGGACUAAGGGCCCUGACCAGAGUGGGCAGCCACUGACAGCUCUGGCAAGCCUCUGUCAACAGCGGUAGCAGCUCUAGUGUCACUGUAGCUUGUUAAAUGUUUUCAAGAGAAGCCAGAGAUACAAAUGUCUGUGAAAUACACAAGUUUUAAAGGUA